UAGUAACAGUGAACAACAAUCAUGGAUGCAUGGACUGGAAAUAAUUCAUGAGGUGACGCUGAGAGAGCUGCCACUUUCACGGAAGUGGUCACGCAAUAAUAGCAGGACCAUGAGUAACUCUGAAAAAGAAUCAGAGAUGGAGCCAGAUGGUACUCCUGAAAGUUCGGAGGAAAUCUACUCAUCUGCCAUCUCUGCAGUAGCUCCUAAAGUUUUUCAGCAGGAGGAAAGUCAGGUGGAAGUGUCUUCUUCCCCUGCUUUUCAGUGUCUGGAUGAGUUAUUUCAAAAAGGAAAGCUGACAGGCACCAAAGUAUCCAUGUUCAAGGCAAAGUACACAGAACUUCACGAAACAUUGAAAAGGAUGUUUGAAAAUGAAAAGAAAUUACUGCGUGAAGCAAAGGAAUUCACUCAGGAGUUGGAAAAGCAAAGAGUUGAGUUGGAACGGGCAGACAACUUUCCAGAAGCUUACAAUACAGAGCCAGCAAAGCUUCGGGAACAGCUGCUAAAAUAUGUAAAUGAGCUUGCAGAAACAGAGGAGCGGCAGUCUCGUCUAGAAUACAAAAUGGAAAGUUUAAGAGAAGAAAAGAAAAUUCUGGAACGCGAAUAUGAACGACUACCUAAACAAGGACAAAUUGAGAAAAAGAUAAAGGAGCUUCAAACAGCAGCAGAGGAGAUGCGAAAAGAGAUUGCAAAUCGGCAGAUGGAGGCAAAGAAUUUACGAGAAGACCUGGAGACCACUCAGCGUCAGAUUGCAAUGGACAGCAAAGAUCAUGAGAAGCUGCUGGAAGAGCUAGAGGACAUCAAGGCUGAACUUGUUCAGGUCAAUGCGAUACCUGGGCAAAAGGCAAAAGAGACUGAUAAAAUCUUACGCCAGAAGAACGAGGUAGAUUUGCAGCUUCAGCAGCAAGAGAGUGAGUACCAGGAGCUAGCAGAAAGCAUGCGGCAGCUGGAGAGUCGGCGAAAACUCUUGGAGGAGGAAAAGCUGGAGGCUGACACAGAGCUAGAAAAGCAACGCGUACUUCUGGACCAGAGGACUCGGGAACUUGAAAUGCUGACCAAAGAUUUUGAGCUAGCAAAAGAACGGGAGGCUGUUCUAAUGGGUGAUAGAGCCACCUUGGACAUGAAUGUGCGACACAUUGUCAUGGAGAAGAAGAAUCAACAUGACACUCACUCACGCAAAUCCCGAGAAAAGGAACGGGACAUACGGAUGCUGAAAAAAUCAGAACUGCAGCUGAAAGUGGCAGAGGAGUCUCUUAAUCAUAUACAAUCUGUUUACGAGAAGCUAAAAGCACAGGUCAGUACCCUGCCAAAAGGGGAUGAGGCACAGGUGAAGAAGCGAGAUGACUUGCAGAAAGAAGUGGAGCAGAUAAAACGAGCCCUUGCACAACAGAACUCUCUCACAGCAGUGGAGCAUGUAAAACUGGAGGCCAGUGCCGCAGAAGAGCAGAACUUGCUGUAUGAACAGAGUGACUUGCGUAUUGAGGUUGUUGAGCUCACUCGCUUGGCUGCCAUCAAGGCUGAUGAACGAGAACAAAAGGCAAGAGAUUUCAUGAGAGCUGAGAUGAGGUACCACCGAGCUGUUGAAGACCUUAAAACCAAACAGUUGCAAAUUCAGGAUCAUCAGAAGAAGUCCCAGGAGGUUCAAGUAAAGUUAAAAGAUUUUGCAAAGCUAUACGAUGUCAUCAAGAAUGAGAGAAACAAAUGUGUCAACCUGAUCCAGGCAAGCACACAGAAGGCUGCAGAAAUGAAGGAGAAAAUAAAGAUUUUGCAAAAUGAGGUUGAAAUUCUUCGUACAGCUGUGAUGCAGAAAGAAAGACAGCUCCAGAAACAGAGGCUUAAGCACAUGAACAGCAUCGUGAUAAGGGACGGGCUGCGGAAUGAGAUGGCCAAGCAGCAGCACCUGGAGGAGGAGAUGAAGGAGAAGCGAGAGCAGCAGAAGAUGGACAUCGCCAAGCUGAACCUCAUGAUCAACCUGGGCGAGGAGCAGAUGGUCAAACUACGCAAGCGUUACGAGAAGAACGUGCAGCACCGCAACGACCGGGGCAUCAAAUUGAUAGAAAGAAAUGAAGAAGUGUGUGUAUUCUAUGAAAAAUUGAAUAUUCAAGAGCAGAUGAUCCGCAAUGGAGAGGUUGAACUCAAGGCUCGGGAGGAGGAAAUCAGAUUUAUGCGCUUGCAGUCCCUCGAGGAACAGCGUGCAAUCGACCUGAUCCAACAAAAUAUGCCAAUAAAACAACACCUGGAGGACGAGCUGGUGACGUUACAGAUUCACCUGCAGCAGUGCCAGGACCGGAUGAUCGAGCUGGAGAGGGAGCUAGAAAACCCGUAUGAUGAGAAAAGAGUGAGAUUCUUGGCUGGAAAAGAUCCAAGCCCAGCUGAAAUUCUGAAUAAAGUUGAAGAGCUGGAGUCGAGGCUGGCAGAGAAGGAAGAACAGAUGUUGGAGAAAGAUCUGGUGUUGGAACAAGUGCAAAGAAUGGUGGACCGGAUCCGUGACAAGGCCCAGGCGGGCAAGGACGACACUUUAAACCUUGCCAAGAAGGUGAAUGAGACACAGGGUAAGAUCAAAGAGGCAACGAGAAAGAUGAUGGCUCUUGUUUCUGAACUGUCUAUGACACAAGCACAAGCAAUGACCCUUCAGCAGCAGGUGAAACAGGGAGAGUCAGAACUGGAGCAGUGCUACCUGCAUAUGGAGAAGGGCGAGCCACCAACACUAUCCAUGGAACAAGAAUGGAUGCGUUUUGUUCGUGAUGAUGGUCGACGCCAGGAAGAGCGCAAGGAGAAAGCCCUGGCCGAGGAACAAGAAGAACAGUACAAGCUAUCAGACAAUGUCUACACCACGGCGGAACCACGGCCGAAUGCCUACAUCCCUGAUGAUGACAUCGAACUGCCCAUCCCCAGGCCCUAUGGUGCGAAUGCGCCCUUCAAGCCCUCGGAACCAGGCUCUACCAUGCGUCACAUCCGCAAGCCAGUUCCCAAGCCGAUAGAGAUUUAAAGCAGAUGCUUCUCAAGACCUCAUGAAAGUUCAGACCGAGAAAACUAGCACACCUGGCAUUCUGGACGCUGGGAUACACACUUGUCAACUCGCCUCUUGUAACCAAGAUAAACUUCUAUAAGAUGGUUUUGUUUCCACGAAGGGCAAUGUAUUAUAAUCAAGUUAUACAAAAUCCUGACUGUGAUAAACAUAGUAGCAAAGGGGAACAAAUAGCUUAUUGGAGUGAGCAGGAGAAAAGAGUUGACAUCCAUUGUCAAGACUAUAAUUUAAGACUCUCUAUAACCCUGUCUCCCACGGCCUCUGGACAGAAAGGGAUAAUGUACCUUUGCAUUAAUUUGCUAUAUGAAGCUCUACAAGUGUAAAUAAUGUUCUUGCCAUUUGCUAUGUAUCCAUUUUUGAAGGCAUUCAUGUUAGAAAAUAAAAUUCAGCAGCUGGCUUCACGCAUCCCAUCCAAAAGUAUCAUUUAAUGCCAUGGCAACACUUAAAAACGAUUCACACGUUAAAGCUACUCAUCAACUGAGAGCAGGAGAAAUAAAUCCUCUAUAGACACAUGAUUUAUAAUCAAGUAACAUUUGCGACCACAGAAGUCAACUUCUGUCUGCUUACCUAGGGUAAAAAGGGAACAAGUAAUUAAAUAACAUGCACAAAAAAGCUUUACAUUUCUAGAAAUUAAAAUGUGUGGGAUUUUCAGGUAUUUUGGUGGAGUUUAGAUAUUUAUUGCAGUAUUUUUAUACCGGCCUUAGUGGCUGUUAUAUUUUCUGGUGUCGUGUUCGUUAUAUGAACAAUUUUGGUCUCUGUCCAAAGUGUACAAAUAAAAAGAGAAGGACCGUUUGUAAUACAUGUAGUAAUAAUACGAACACAAUAAAGUUAUGAAAAGGACAACGGCUAUUUAGCCUUUUAUGUAGCGGAAUAAUAAUGGAAAAGAAGUAGCAUCGAAACAGUUUCGAUAGCACGUAGCAAAAAAAUUUAUUUUUUGAAAAAUUGUUUCUCUUAUUUGGAGCGACAACUCCCCGCAUUUCUUCCCACAUGCAGGAAGUGACGUAGUGUGUCGAUUAACAAGACUAAACUGUGUGAUAGUGCCAAGUAGGCAUGUCUGUGAUUCAGGUCAGAAACAUUAAAUCGUGGGUGACCAGGAUCGAGGGUUAAAUGAUGG